GAUUGCAACAGGUGCUGUGUAGUGUGUACAUUGUGGAUGAGGUCGUAGAAUCGCAGUUAUUGACAGUUGGGUUGACGCACUGGUGAUGCGAAGUGUGAACACAAUUUGUACUUUGACGUCGGUGACGUGUAAACAAGCGGAAUGUCUACAGAAGACAGAAGACUAGACCUGGUUGUAUUUGGUGCCAGUGGAUUUACGGGAAGAUAUGCUGCUGAGGAAGCUUUCAGAUUAUCAAAAGACAAGAAUUUUACAUGGGGAGUUGCUGGAAGGAGUGCGACAAAACUACAGCAAGUUUUAAAAGAUAUCAGUAAAAAGACAGGUGCAGACUUGUCAGAAGUCCCAGUCAUAGAAGCAGAUGUGAAGGAUUUUGAGUCUCUGCUUCGUCUAGCCUUGAGAGCUCAUGUGAUCGUUAACUGUGUGGGCCCUUACAGAUUUUAUGGUGAACCAGUUGUGAAAGCUUGUAUUGAAAGUGGAGCACAUCAGGUUGAUGUUACUGGUGAACCUCAGUAUAUGGAAAGAAUGCAGCUAGACUACAACAAGUCUGCAGAAGAGAAAGGUGUUUACAUUGUAAGUGCUUGUGGUUUUGAUAGCAUUCCAGCAGACAUGGGUGUUGUAUUUUUGCAAGAUAAAUUUGGAGGUGAUGUCAACUCUGUGGAAGCAUACCUAGAGUCUAAACUUGAUUGUGCUCCAAAGGGAGCUUCAAUUCACUAUACUACAUGGGAAUCAGCUGUUCACGGAGUAGCCAAUUAUGGAGAACUUCGACCUCUACGGCAGAAGCUUUUUCCUAACAGAUUACCAAGGUUCUCUCCAAGAAUGAAACGCCGGGUGCUGCCACACAAACAGACUGGUGUCAAUGGUUGGUGCUUACCAUUCCCUGGAAGUGAUCGCACUGUUGUCUACCGUUCCCAGAGACAUUUUUAUGAGCAUGAUAAGAAAUGCCCUAUACAGUUCGAAGCAUAUGCUGUAUUUCCAUCGUUAAUAGUUUCAUUUCUUGUGAUAAUGAUGGCUUUCGUAUUUGGUAUUUUGACCAGAUUCAAGCUUGGUGUCAAAUUACUGCUUGAUUACCCAAAAGUAUUUUCGUGUGGUUUUGUAAGUCACGAAGGCCCAACUGAAGAGAUGAUGAAAAAUACUCAUUUCAAAUUUACACUUUUUGCUGAAGGAUGGAAGGAAAAAUUAUCAGAGCCAACAGAUCAACAUGCAACGCCCAUGAAUAAGAAAGUAACUGCCCAGAUUAAAGGACAAAAUCCAGGCUAUGGAGCCACGUGUACUGCACUUAUUCUUUCUGCAGUAACUAUUAUUAAAGAACAUGACAAAAUGCCUUUCAGUGGUGGUGUGUUUACUCCAGGUGCUGCAUUUGCAAAGACUUCAUUAAUAGAAGAACUGAAUAAACAUGGCCUCACAUUUGAAAUAACUUCAACAGAAGAGAAGUGAGGUUCACUUUAUAUAUGCAUCUACUUGUUUGGAAUUUGUAUGCAUUUAUCAAUUUUUUACUGAUCUUGUCAUCAAGAGAGGGUGCAGAAGCUUAACAUUUUGUCUAAGGAAGCUGAGAGCUAUUUUAUUCACAUGGAUAAUUCUUAUAUUUUGUACUGCUUGUAGUUGAGCUCUAUUAAUAAAUAUAUCUCUGAUAAA